UUUUCUUUUCCGGCGUAAACUCUAAAUAGAAUAUAAGUUUGAAGUCUUAUUUUUUAUUACCCUUUUUUUUUUUCUCUUAAAAUAAAGCAAAUCGUAUGUCAUCCUAUAAUUUUAAAGUAUGAAUACCUGGUUAAUAAAAAGAAUAAAACGUACUUACAGAAUACAGCCCAUCAAUUCGUUACCGCAAACACGGUGUCCGCAAAAUGGAAGACCCAAAUCCCGAAACUACCCUCCACCACCACCCCUCCGACCGAAUCAAGCUCAACGUCGGCGGCAAGCUCUUCUCCACCACCGUCUCCACCCUCCAAUCCGGCGGCCCCGACUCCCUCCUCGCCGCCCUCUCCAACCGGCCCGCCACCCACUCCGAACCGGUCUUCAUCGACCGCGACCCCGAAAUCUUCUCUCUCCUCCUCUCUCUCCUCCGCUCCCACCGCCUCCCCUCCACCGCCCUCCGCCUCUUCACCAAGCAAGAACUCCUCGACGAAGCCUCCUACUACGGCAUCGAACCCCUCCUCAAAUCCGCCACCGCACCACCCCCCUUGAACGGCAUCGACGCCUCCCUAGUCUCCACCAUCACCCCUCACUCCGACGGCGUCGUUUCCUGCUUCACCACAAACGACGACGGAUCUGUCCUCAUCGCCCACGGCGGCCAGGUAUCUUGCUAUGACUCCAAUUUGGCCCACUCUUUUACCAUCCGCACUCACCUAAACGACGUCACCUCGAUAAAGCGAGUUUUGCCGGUGGUAGCAGCCGUCGGAUCGGAAAACGCCAGCGGGAUCCACUUCUACAGCUUGGCGAGCGGUCGUCGGGUCGGGUCCUGCGAAUGGACCGACCCGUCAGAUCCUAGGGUUUAUAAGGCCCGAGUCACCGCAAUUGCUGACUCGGCUGACUCGGUCUUUGCUGCUUUUGAUUGUCACCAUAAAGAGAAUUGUGUUUUGACGAUUGAUAAAUCGACGUUAAAAGUUUCGUCGGAGUUCGGCCGGCAGACGGGGAGCUCGACGAAGACGACGGUGGCCACGAAGCUGACGUAUUUGCCGGAAAACGGGCUGGUUUUGGGGAGCUCGGUGACGUCGAGCGCGUUCGGUUUCGCCGGUUAUAUACGGUUGUGGGACCCAAGCUCCGGCUCGAUCGUUUGGGAGACGAACGAGCCGGGCUCGGGCCGGAGCAGCCGGUUCGGGGACUCGUUCGCCGACGUGGCGGUCGACGCGGAUGAGUCGGUUGUAUUCAAGCUCUGUUCAAAAUCGGGGGAUUUGGCGGUGGCGGAUUUGCGUAAGUUAGGGAAAGAUCCGUGGGUGUAUUUGGUGGAUAAGAACCCUAGUUUGAGAAACACUGGAGGAAGCGGCAAUGGCAAUAGUGUGGUGCAUUGUUAUAGGAAUCAGGUGUUUGUGGGGAGAAAUGGUGAGUUGGAGGUAUGGUCUAGAGUGGUGGAGAGAGAAGAAAAUGUAGAGAGAGAAAGUAGGUUUAGUGAAGAGUCAUACAGGAGGAAUUAUGUUGAUAAGUUGAGUGAUGUAGAGAGAGGGGUGAUCAGUCAAAUCGAAGGCGGUGGGGAGAGGCUGUUUGUUUGUAGAGAAGGUGUUGAAGGGAUUGAGGUGUGGGAAAGUUCGAGUCUUGCAGGUGCAGUUUCAGUUUCCUGAUCCUAAAACAAAAUGGGUUCAGGAAGUUUGAUUGGGCUCGUGCGGAGUAUGACGAUGAGGUACUUGGCCAAGUAUGUGAUUGGAGCUUCCACGUCUUCAAUGAGAAGCAUAUUCAUCGCUUUCAGAUCCCGGUGGAUUGUAAGCGCACAAUUGCUCUGUAACCGGGGAUUUAUGACACUGAAGCUCGGAUCACGAAGGUGAGCAUCUCACGAAGACCAGAGAAAAGGCAAGUGCAAGUGCAAGAAUAUUUGUGUUGUGUAGCUCUGAUUUGAUACGUGUUACUGUGAUUUUUGAAGAAACUGGGAUUAAUCUAUUGAACUUGCUUGAGGUGUUGUUUUCAUAUUAUGAGUCAAUAAGAUGAAAUCAAAUAUUUGAAGAAUUUUGUGCUCCCUGCGAGAAUUAGUUAGCAAUAUUGUGGUUAUUUAGUUUGAUGUAAUGGCCAAGCCUUCAAUUGAUACUCGUAUUGAUCAUUUCAUAUGAAUGACAAAAGAAAGCAAGUGCAAUGUGUGAUUUGAUUUGCAUUGCUA